AUGGACGAUCUCUCCCGCGCCGAGUACCCGGCGAUGCUGCCGACCCAAGCAGUCCUGGCCCUCAACGAACGAGUCAAACGCAUCGGCAGGAUCAACUCGGAAAUCGCAGAAUGGCUUCAGGAACGCCGAAGAGUCGAGGAGCAAUACGUAGCUGGGCUGAGGAAGCUGCUGCUGUACAAGGUGCCCAAUGCGCAAUCCGAGCUUGGCGUCUUUCAAACACCAUGGGACAAGGUCCUGCAAUCCACCGAUUCCAUCGCCGCCUCUCACCAUCUGUUCGCUCAGCGUGUCGAGAAGGAUGUCGAGCACGCCCUGCGCAACUUCCAGAACCGCAAGGAGAUGCAGAACAUGCACACCAUCUCGGCGAACCUGGCCACCAUGGCGAGGGAGCUCGAGGAAGCGCAGGACAGGGCUGAUAAGCUCACCAAGAAGGGCGGCAAGGCCAACACAAUGAAGAUGGACACCGCUACCGCCAAGCUCGAAUCGGCCUCCCAGCAAUGGGAGUCGCAAGCGCCCUUCAUCUUUGAGACACUUCAGGCCCUUGACGAGCAGCGCUGCAACCAUCUGCGCGAUGUCCUUACGCAGCUCCAGACGCACGAGGUUGACCAUACCGAUCGGCUUAGAGCAACCGCCAACGAAGUCCUCACGACGGUGCUUGAAGUCAGCACGCCACGAGAGAUUGAGAACUUUGCACAGCGGACUACGGCUGGCCGGCCCAAGCUGGAGCCGCGGAGAACAGCAACAACGGAACGGGCCUCCGUAAGCAGGCAAUCAAGCACUGUGCCUCCACCACCGGCUGCGUCGCUAGCCCCGCCGCCAUCCGCCCCUUCACUGCACGAGGACGAUCAGAGUGACCACUCUGGUCCUGUCGCAGAGAAACCAGCCGAGACUCCGGACUCACCGCAAGCGCCUCGCACGUCUACAGGCAGGGAGCAGACACCUCAUGAUGCGACCACGAACGGUGUUGCGGCUAGCGAGACCAUGAACGACAUCGCUCCAGUUCGAUCAUCGUCUAAUGUGUUGAAUGGCGCGACAGCGGAAGAGAUAUUCGAUGCCCCGCCACCUCCGGGUCCGCCUCCGUCCCAGCAACCCAAGGACACGGAGCCGACCAAGGACGCCGAAGGCUUCACUGUUCCGCCUCCCUCCAACGAUCCAAUCUCACAGGCUCAGAAAGACGCAGCUGCCGAGGCUGGCGAGGAGCAUGACCAGCUGUUCAAGCUCAACAUUCAAAAUAGUCCGAUAGGUGAGGAAGACCCUGAUGCUAAGCAAGCUGCAUUGUCAAGUGUCGCCAACACUCUGAACACCAUGGCGAUGCCGUCUCGUAAGACAGGUACGAUUCGUGGGCGACGAGAUGUCAGGAACACGAUAUAUGUACCGGCCAAUACUCCUCUUUCGUUCCCCGAGAGCUCCACUCUAUCUGUUGGGGAGCAGACGCAAGCGCUUCCUCCAUCUCCGGCAUUGCCUGCGGGCAUUAGUAGUGGAAGCUCCAGGCCUUCAGCCGUACAGGCUCUCGCCAGCGAGGCGAGCAUUGCUGGUACGAGCGACACACAAUCCGUCCGGAGUGCCACAAGCUUGGGUAGUAUGAUACACGCCAAGCAUCCGGAUAUGAGCGGCCCAGGCUUGAACAGCAGCAUCGUGGAGACCGUGUCAGCCACUUUCGAAGAGGGCGUUUUGAAGUCGGUCAAGAUUGGUGGUGAGAUUGCCUUCACUUAUAAUGGCGAUGGCUCUACAGCACGCGAGACCAUCCGCAUCAACAACUUCCCUGCGUUGGAGGUUAUCGGCCCCAACCGGAUUUUUGUUUCCAACACUUCGUCCGAAGAUGAAUUUACGCUAGAUUUGAGCCACCUCCCUUCCAGGGUGGCUACACCGGGCUUCACAUACCGCAUCCAUGCGGAAGACCCAACAUCAGACCUAUCAAGCCACUGCCCAUUGCUUAUAAAUCCUGCCUGGAAGCCUCAGGGCGAUAAACUGGGCCUUCUCUUGCAAUACAAGCUUAAUCCAGAUAGCAACCUUCCGAAGCCCGUGGUGCUCAAAAACUUGGUGUUCAUUGCUACAUAUGAGAAUGCACGAGCCAGCGGUGUUCAAACCAAGCCUUCUGGUACACAUUUGAAAGACAAACAUCUUGUAUACUGGCGUUUGGGCGACGUCACACUGUCCGGCAGCAGCGAUUGGACAAAGAUUGUCUGUCGAGUCAUCGGUGCCGAGAACGCAGAGCCUCGGCCGGGUCAUAUCGAGGCUCGCUGGGAGUAUGCCCCUUCGGCUGACGAAGCUGGAAGCGGCAUCUCUGUCAGCCGGAAGACUGAAAGCAAGGGUAAGGGAAUAGCCACCGAAGACGACGACGAUCCCUUCGCAGACGACAGCGCCCUAGCGUCGCCGCGCACAACCGACGAGGGCGUGUCGUGGUCAGAGGUGCCGCUCCAAAGGAAGAUUGUCAGCGGGCGAUACGAAGCGAGGUGA